AGGGUCUAUGCAAGAGCGAUGCGUCAUGUCUAGUCGUGUCAUCAAGUACGGUUAAGGCGCUGGCAUCUCUAGCGUUCUCAACAAGAACAGCAGGCUUCUCUCACUCACAUGGACAUGAAGCAUUGGGAUUCUCACACUAUAAAGAGACGUCGCCGUCCCUGCGCAACUACAAUCGACGAGACAUACCAAGAGAAGGCGUGACUGCUUCGAUGGACGCAGUGCAAACAGCUGGUGCCUUCAGCGAGUUGUCUGGAUCCCGGGUAGAAAGGCAUCUCAGCAGGAGCUGCCACAAGCAGGACGAAGAUGGAUGCACAGCUGCAAAGGGUCGGACCUGGUGCGAUGUCUUCCAGGCUAGUAUGAUUCAGAACUGGAGCGUCUACAGUUGCUACAUCGACGUCGCUGUAGUAUUCUGUACAUGCAGUAUGUGACUCGAGGAGCAGAUAGUGCAAGGUAGCAGGCGGGCAAUAACAUCAAAGACUUUGAUCAGGAGACGCUGCAACUGCUUUAAGCAUUCAUAUACAUAGCGUGAUCAUGACUUCGCUGAGGAGCUUGGGUGCUACACCUUCUUCGUCUAAGAGGUUUCAUCUCUUCCAAAUCCUCGGACUUCUUCUAAGACGACACUUUCCUUUCUGAAGAAUCUUAGGAUUUCCGAGAAGGCCUAACUUCCAAGAAGUCCUAGAAUAACAUCGAAGCAAGCCUCAUCUUCCAUAAGAAUCCUAGGAUUGCUUCGAGAUCGAAGCUUUUUUUGAAGAUCCUCAUCAUCUUCCACGAGGCUUUUCUUGGAGAUCCUUGGAUCUCUUGGAAAUCCUUGGAUUUCUGGUAAAUCCUUGGAUUUCUUGGAAGUCCUUGGAUUUCUUGGAAAUCCUUGGAUUUCUUGGAAGUCCCUGGACCUCUUGGAAAUCCUUGCAUCUCUCGAAAAUCUUCUACUUCGAUCUUCUACUACUUCUUGGAAGUCCUUGGAUCUCUUGGAGAUCUUUGGAUCUCUUCGAGAUCCAAAUCUCUUAGAAGUCUUUGGAUCUCUUGGAAGUCUUCUACUUGGAUGUCCUAGUAUUUCUUGGAGAUCCUAGUAUUUCUUGGAGAUCCUAGGAUUUCUUGGAGAUCCUAGGAUUUCUUGGAGCUCCUAGCAUUUCUUGGAGCUCCUAGCACAUCUUGGAGAUCCUAGCACUUCUUGGAGAUCCUAGCACUUCUUGGAGAUCCUAGCACUUCUUGGAGAUCCUAGCACUUCUUGGAGAUCCUAGCACUUCUUGGAGAUCCUAGCACUUCUUGGAGAUCCUAGCACUUCUUGGAGAUCCUAGCACUUCUUGGAGAUCCUAGCACUUCUUGGAGAUCCUAGCACUUCUUGGAGAUCCUAGCACUUCUUGGAGAUCCUAGCACUUCUUGGAGAUCCUAGCACUUCUUGGAGAUCCUAGUACUUCUUGGAGAUCCUAGCACUUCUUGGAGAUCCUAGGAUUUCUUGGAGAUCCUAGGAUUUCUUGGAGAUCCUUGGAUUUCUUGGAGAUCCUUGGAUUUCUUGGAGAUCGUAGGACUUCUUGGAGAUCGUAGCUCUUCUUGGAGGUUCUAGCACUUCUUGAAGAUCAUUGGAUUUCCUUCGCGAAAAGCUUUCCUUUUCUCAGAAACCUCAGAGCAGUUGUUGUAAAUCCUAGGGUAAGUCUUCAGAGAGAAUCUUGCGUUCUUUCGAAGCCUUUGCACUUCCGUUUUGCACGAAUCCAUGUAGUGUAAUAAUCUCUAGGCAUCUCGUUAUCAACGAUCUAGACUAUGUUCUUUGUUUGAUUGUUGAUGUAGUCUAUAAGUUCCUAUCAUGUGAUGAACAAAUAGUAGCUAAAGCUUAGCUCUAACAUGUUUUGCAUGGUGAAGAACGAUGAGGAGGACGAAUUCGUUGCGAGCACUUGCAGGCGCAAGCGUGGCGUUUGAGCUAGUAGGGAGAAGAAAACGAAGUGAAGAAACACCACUAGACCAUGUAGGUGGAUUGCGCGGCUUCUUUAUCUUACCACUCAUGAGGCAACUAAAGAGCUUUAUUUCUUAGUGUGUGUUGCACUUUUUUGAAACCCCGCGACCUCACUUUUUGACGAAAGAUGAUUUUAUCACUCAUGAUAGAAGAGAUCGCUGUGCCUGCUGGUGACAGAGCUGAG